AUGGCAUCACCGAUUAUAUUUUCCAAGAGAUCAGAACAUUUCUCGAUAUGGAUAGUACUACGAAGCAUUCAGCUCACACUUGCAACGGCUUAUUCAUCACUAUUCAAUCGUGAGUUUUACACCUACAACAACGUCUCCUUGUUUGUAAAGUAUUUGAAAAUAUCCGUCCUCAUAUUUACCCUUUUGCAUGGACCUAUACUUUUCACCAAAUCGGUCAUCAGAGCAGUGAGUUCUACUCGAAUUGAUCAAUUGGACUAUUUUUUCAAGUAUUACAUCAACCUCAGCUACUUUUUGAAUACAUUGUAUUCAUUCUUUGAUAAAGACGGAGAACGAUUAUUCCUUUGCCAGUUGCGUCAUCAAGACGAGUUAAAUAAUAGCCACUACAGUGAUAACUAUUCAAAAUUACCGCUGCACAAAGUUGAGCCUGAACGGGAUUGGUUCUCAACUUACAAAAACUUAUACAACUUUUCACGAGAGUUUAGAUUAUUUAUUAAACGCUACACCAACAUUUAUUUAUUAAACAUCACCAUAUUCACGUCAAUUUACUUCUUUCCCGAAAAGCUUUCGUCGGCAAUUUUGGGUUGCAUUGCAUUUCAAACUUUCCUGGACAAAUUGGGUACAGUAUUGUCUAUCUUGCUAGUUGCUAUUUUACAAAUGAUGGAUGUUGAUUAUACAAUAAGGCUAUUGACAACUUUUUACGGAUCGUGGAAUUUGGCCGAAGAUUUUCUCAUUCCUUACUUUGAUCGAGUUCAAUUCACCCCUUUGGAACGGAAGCAAUGGUUGAAUACCCGAAUAGGGGUGGUCUUUGGUACAGGAUUUUGUUAUUACUUGGCCAUGCUAGAAGUUCCGCUAGUUUCAGCCGUUCUUUACUCUAAUGCAAUCUUCAAUAUGGGGUUCUUAAUCACCAAAUUUACCACUGAGAUGCCGGACAACUUGAAAGAUAUGGCUACGUGGUCCAUUACCGAGAGUGUAUGGGACGGACAUGCAAAAUUCUUGGAGUAA